CGGUGAGCCAUGGGAAAUAACGCGCGACGGCUCUCCGAGCUCCAAGUGCCGUAAGUUACUCUUGGCUUUGGUGGUUCGGAGAACUCAGGAUGAUGUGAUCAUGCUACUUGAGGUGACUCACUUCCUAAACUCUCAGGACAGAAACGGCACGCAUUAUACAGUGAGGCCCUUGGGCUGGGUUCUCCCGGUCCUGAGGAAACCCGGCACCACGUUUUUACUGAGCGCUGCAGAGGGCGGGGCUCGGUGACUUGGUGACUUGGUGGCUUGCACAUUCGCAUUUGUUGUUGACAACUGUCGGCUUCCACCUCCUUCUCCUCACAACCCCGUCUAAAUGGGGUUUGUAAUCCUCCUUCCCACCUACUCUCUUUACUCCCUGGGGCAGGAAUGUUGGCUCCUGCUCUCUGUCACCUGUCAGAAUCCAUCUUCCUGUCACUGGCUUAUAUGGACAAGAAAGCCCACUGUCACGUGACCCCUCAGGCUGCUAAAAACAGCUGCGGCUCCCACUCUGAACCUGGGCCUGAAACAAUGUCCUCCACUGAAAGAAACGUGAAGGGCACUCGAUCACACAGUCCUCGGGAUCGCUCCUAGGAAGCACCUGCAGAAGCCACUCGCAGCGCCCUUUCCCUGGCAGCGCUCGCGGGGACGGCCAGGAGAUGAGCGCAUCUUUGAAUUACAAGUCUUUUUCCAAAGAGCAGCAGACCAUGGAUAACCUGGAGAAACAACUCAUCUGUCCCAUCUGCUUAGAGAUGUUCACGAAGCCCGUGGUCAUUCUCCCGUGUCAGCACAACCUGUGUAGGAAAUGUGCCAGUGACAUUUUCCAGGCCUCUAACCCGUACUUGCCCACGAGGGGAGGCACCACCGUGGCGUCAGGGGGCCGAUUCCGCUGCCCUUCCUGUAGACACGAAGUGGUUUUGGAUAGACAUGGGAUAUACGGACUUCAGAGGAACCUGCUGGUGGAAAAUAUCAUUGACAUCUACAAGCAAGAGUCCACCAGACCAGAAAAGAAGUCCGACCAGCCCAGGUGUGAGGAGCAUGAAGAGGAGCACAUCAACAUCUACUGUCUGAACUGCGAGGUGCCCACCUGCUCUCUGUGCAAGGUGUUCGGGGCACACAAGGACUGCCAGGUGGCUCCCCUCACUCACGUGUUCCAGAGGCAGAAGUCUGAGCUCAGUGAUGGCAUUGCUGGCCUCGUGGGAAGCAAUGAUCGAGUGCAGGGAGUGAUCAGCCAGCUGGAGGACACUUGUAAAACUAUCGAGGAAUGCUGCAAAAAACAGAAACAGGAACUUUGUGAGAAGUUUGAUUACCUGUAUGGCAUCCUGGAGGAGAGGAAGAAUGAGAUGACCCAAGUCAUUACCCGAACCCAAGGGGAGAAACUGGAACAUGUCCGUGCUCUGAUCAAAAAGUAUUCUGACCAUUUGGAGAACGUAUCAAAGUUGGUCGAGUCAGGAAUCCAGUUCAUGGAUGAGCCAGAAAUGGCAGUGUUUCUGCAGAACGCCAAAACCCUGUUACAAAAAAUUUCUGAAGCAUCGAAGGCAUUUCAGAUGGAGAAAAUAGAGCAUGGUUAUGAGAACAUGAACCACUUCACAGUCAACCUCAAUAGAGAAGAAAAAAUAAUACGGGAAAUUGAUUUUUACAGAGAAGAUGCAGAAGAAGAAGAAGAGGAAGAAGAAGAAGAAGGAGAAGAAGUAGAAGGAGAGGGAGAAGGAGAAGAAGGAGGAGGAGGAGGAGGAGGAGAAGGAGUGAAGAAAGUGGAAGAGGUAGAAAAAGUUCGAACGGCGUCAUUAGGAGAAGAUGAAAGUCUGGAGGUAGCCUUGGAACCCUCUCAGCUGGCCUCGGAACUCCAGGCUGCCCCAGCAACACUUCCGGUUUCCUCUCCAGAGCCAUCUCCAGCCCUGCCACCUGCUGUGGAUGCCCCAGUGACACAGGGGGAGGUUGUGCCCACUGGCUCUCAGCAGACCACAGAGUCUGAAAUGCCAGUCCCUGCAGCAACGGACACGGCGGAUCCCUUGUUUUACCCUAGUUGGUAUAAAGGCCAAACCCGGAAAGCUACCGCCAACCCACCUCCCAACCCAGGGAGUGAAGGUCCGGGGCACACAGGGCCUCCGGGUUCUGAGGAUUCGAAUGUGCAGAAGGCAGAAGUGGCAGAAGCCGCAGCCAGUGAGAGGGCAGCAGUGAGUGGUAAGGAAACUAGUUCACCUGCAGCUACUUCUCAGAUUGGAUUUGAGGACCCUCCCCUCCAGGGACAGGCUGCAGCUUCAGGGAGUGGGAAUGGAGCUGAUUCUGAGCCAGCUCGCCACAUCUUCUCCUUUUCCUGGUUGAACUCCCUGAAAGAAUGAUGUUCAUUCCAACUGCUGCCCCUCUGUCUGCCUGGCCAAGAUGUACACAGGCAGCAGGGAACCUAGAUGAAAUUAAUAUUAUGCAGAUGAUUAAAGGGACCUCUGGACAGGAUUUCUGUAAAAAGCAAACAAACAAACAAACAAAAAAACCCUUUAAUUCCAGAUGACUUAUCUGAUACAUUAAGGGAAAACAAUAUUUUGAAAAAAUAGUUGCAAAAAGCAUUGGAAGAAAGAAACUUGAGCUUAUGCAAAUCUCUUAUUGCGUGGGAAACAUUAUGACGGAUGUAUAGGUGUGGUAUGUGUGUGCAUGCAUCAGUAAAAAUGGCAAGUUUUGAAAAAAGUGGGCACUCUCAUCUCUUAUAGGCACUGGCUUUUAUUAUUAUAUCGUAGUAGCUUUUAUUAUUUUCUUUUAAACAAUGCAGAUGGUCAGUGAAAUUCAGUAUUAAUUCAGAAAUGACUGAUUUAUCAAUAUAUGGACAAAAGGUAAAUCAUUGACCAAAGGUAUGAAAUGUUUCAUAAAGGGUUCCUCUUUUUCAUAAUAUAUGUCACUGAAUGUAUAUCUAGAAAUAUUCUUUGACUCUGAUGACACUUUCAUAGUCCAGAGGCUGAAGGUCUAAGACAUUUCUUGUGACAUUUUUCUAAUCUUAGUUUUAAUAUGUAGAUAUCCAGUACUUUAACUGAAAAGGACUUUUCAAUAGUAACUGUCUACUUUCUCAUGUAUCUACUGAGGCACCAAUCUGCUGAACUGUAGAACUGCAUUUAUUUAAAUAUACAUACACAUGAUAUACAUUAUAUGUGUGUAUAUAUAUUUAAAUCACGCUUUAGUUGUCCCACCAC